GAGGACCAUUAGCCUCUAUCCCUCACAGAGCUCCUGUCAUCAAACCUGCUACUACUCUUUCUGCUUUGUCGGCUCUACCUAACGUUUUCAGUGGUUGCAUCAUCUUAACGGCUGCAGAAAACCAACCAUGUCCAUCAUCAUUAAGGGUUUUCUCUUCCUGGCUGUCGUGGUCUGCAUUUCUGAAUCCCAAAUAAAUGAAGCAGGACAGCAGUGUCUGUGUCAGCGUGUCAGGAACCGCAUGGACAAAAGGUCUGAGAUAAAGGACAUCCAGAUCUACCAGGCUACCGUCUUCUGCAGAAAAGUAGAGAUUGUCAUUACCAACAAGAAAGGUCUUCGCUAUUGCCUGAACCCUGCUCUGCAGCCUGUAAAAAUGAUCGUGACCAGAAUGUUAAAUAAUAAAAGAUUGCAGCCACCACUUCCGCUGGUUUGACCUCUUCCACUUCCACUCAAGCCAGAACCUCAGCCCACUUCUGAUUCUCCUCUUCACCAGUUUGUUAAAGAAGGAGCUUGUUUGACCUCUGACCCCUCAACAAAUGUAAAUAUAAACAGGUUGAAACUUGAGAAACUGAACUAUUUAUCUUGUAUUUAUUCUAAUGUGCUCUUACUACAUACUGCAUAUCUAAUCUGUCAUAGUUUAAUCUUUUUUUUAUUGCCGUGUUUUGUAGGUAAAUUUGUGUUUCCU